ACCAUCAAAACAAUUUUUGACAAUUGCUCGCUGGUUACAAAUUGAUAUUUCGAUUUUCAUUAGAUUUGCUGCAAGUCUAAUUCUUUCAGUUUUCCUUCGUGAAAAUGAGUCUAUUGCUUCGAUUCGUAGCCCGUGCUACUGUUGCACCAUGGACGAAGACAGCCUUUUCCACCACGUCUAUCGUUCUGAAAGAUCCCCGUCAGCAGAAGGAAGCUCCCUUCGUGGAUGCGAAUCUGGUGAUCGCAGACGAGGAAGAACGCCGCGAACGUGAGAAACAGGCCAGUACCAUCGUUGUCCCCGUGAAGGUGGAUCUAAGCCCCAUCUCAGGUAUCCCGGAGGAACAUGUCAAAGAACGCAGGGUGCGUAUUUUCAUGCCUGCAAAGAAUGCCAUGCAGAGUGGAACGGAUAAUACACAUCACUGGAGUAUCGAGUUUGACAACCGCGAACGCUGGGAGAACCCACUGAUGGGAUGGUCUUCAUCCGGUGAUCCUCUGUCCAACAUGAGAGUAGAGUUUGGCUCCGCCGACGAAGCUAUUUCACACUGCGAGAGAAACGGCUGGAGAUGGUUUGUUGACAAACCGGAAGUGAUCGAGAAGAGCCGGGUAAAGAAUUAUGGUGUCAACUUUUCUUGGAAUAAGCGUACACGCGUGUCCACUAAGUGAAGCGUCAAAUCAUACCGCGUUUUAGAUUGUUUGUAAAUACCAGAGAACAGAAGUUAAUACAUCCUCUGCUGAUGGUGAAAACUGAGUCAAAGCCAA